AUGCGGCUAGGUCUGAACUGCAUAUCAAAAGGAAUGGUCACUUGUUGCAAGUUUGUACCAGCCACUGGGUUUGCGAUGGCCAACUACGUCUCCUAUGGGCCAAUUGAUUCAGGCUCGCCACUAUCUGACUUUUCCAAACUUUCACAGGAUACGGUGGAAGACCUGAGCUUGUAUGAGGACUUGCUAUCUGCAGCACCAGAUGCCAGCCUUGGCAAUGUGAACUUAAGCUCUAGCAAGGUACACUCAGUAGACACGUCCUUAUCAGCAGAGAAGUCUUCGCCAUCAGAAUCCAAGGCUAGGAUACUGGAGCUGGAGCGCGAUAAAGCCUUGCAGGCUGGGAGAAUCUCUGCGCUUGAGCAGGAGAACCGACUGAUCAAGUGUACUCUAACAGAUGUCGAAGAAUGCUUCAAUGUCCUGGGGCAGAGAAUGCCUAAACGAAACAACGAGUUGAGGGAUAAGCGCGAUACUGAAAGAGAGGGCAGAGAUGACAGGACAAGGGAGAACGUGGAGAGGAUGCGUUUCUUGCAGCCAGGCUCUCGUGUGCAAUUCGGUAUAACCCAGUCUUUCUUGUUGAUAACUAUGCAAGUGCUGCACUUUGCAACCCCACUGGCCAGAAACGGAACACGUGCUUGGUACGCGCCCGGCUUACAGUAA